GUAUUUGAUCUGUUAAACAAGAAGCAAAAGUUACGAGUGCUUGAGGAUCACAAGCAGCAGGUUCAAGUUGUGGGACUAAAAGAAGAACCAAUCGCAAAUCCAGAUGAUGUUUUGCGUCUCAUUCAACAUGGCAACAAUGUACGGACAUCUGGGACAACAUCAGCCAAUCAGCAUUCCUCUAGGUCACAUGCAGUAUUUCAAAUUAUCCUUCGACGAAGCAAAUUGAAGCCAUCAGCGCGCCAAAAUCAAGCACCUACACAAAAUACAAAUAAGAUACACGGGAAGUUUUCAUUGAUAGAUUUAGCAGGUAAUGAACGUGGAGCAGACACAUCAAGUGCUGACAGGCAGACAAGGAUGGAGGGUGCUGAAAUUAACAAAAGUCUCUUAGCACUCAAGGAGUGUAUCCGGGCAUUGAGUAGAAAGGGCGCUCACCAGCCAUUCCGUGCUAGCAAGCUGACCCAGGUUUUGAGAGAUUCCUUUAUUGGAGAUAAUUCUAGAACAUGUAUGAUUUCUAUGAUCUCUCCCGGGAUGAGCUGCUGUGAGCACACACUGAACACACUGAGAUAUGCAGACAGGUUCGUAUCACCUAGCCAUCGAAAAGUCUCCCUUGAAUUUGUCCACUUUUGAUAAUUGAUACCUAUGAAUAGUGUGCUCUUUGAUACACAAUCUUCAGUUAACUUGAAA